GUGUUUGUCUCGAGACUGGUGACUGGGUUAAUACUAAACAAGGCGAUCGACAAAGAUAAUAUUAUUGGAAUUAAUUUAAGUUAGCCGCGUAGUUUCAGUGUGAAAUGUCAGUAAUUUUGGGGAGGAAAAAUUAAUGGAUUCGAACUGCAUGCAGGAACUAUAUUCACAUCGCGCUUCCUACACACAAUGUAGAAGUGCCAGUGCAGUGUAUGGGGCGCGACUAAACAAACAAACCAACUUUGUUUCUAAAAGCAAGCACACAAAGUCUCGUAUCAUGGCGGGCGUGCCUCUUAUGAUUGCUUAUCAAGUUGUUUUUCUCCCCAUUAUAGAUUGACAUUCUACGAAGAAAAUAGUACGAUUUCACUCUGCUGCUGACUGUACAUAUAUAUACAGACAGAGGGCAAGGCGCUAUUAAUAUGGAACUAGGUGGCGGUGAGGUUCACUCCUGAAGAUACUGAGGCGCCAUGUUCGACUCAACGAUGUAUGUAGUGUCGGUGAUGGCAAUGGCAGUGCUGGUGAUGGCCGUAGCGGAUGUCAGUGAUCGUGUCACUGCAACUUCGAUCAGCGACCUAGACACGGUGACGGCAGCGGCCAAAGGGGGAGGGUCACGCUCCACAAUAUAUCUCUUUCCUGGGACCCAAACCCUCACGACUUUGAAGGUGCAAGAGACGAUAAGCACCACAUUCACCUCUUGUCUCUCGACGGAGCCCGGCCUGCAAACCUGUACGGAUUCUGUCACCGCCCGCUACCUCGUGGCCACCACUCUCUCUUUCCAGCCGUCCAAGCGUGCUGCGGACCUACAGGCAAUCUCUCAAAAGACAAAACCAUCUAAAACUGACGCCAUCUUGGGAGAAAAUAAGCGAGAAUUCCUGUCCUUCAUCCCCGUGGUGCUCCCCGUCAGAUACGAGACCGUGACGUUAACCUCGAUUAAAUACACCUCUACCAUCAAACACCCGUCUGUCACCGCCACCGUGCAGAUUAGUAACUGCAUCCCACCCGCUGUGCCUUUUGAGGCCGAGGAAUGUCCAUCUUCUGAUCCUGCAACUGAUCCUACAACUUACCCUACAACAGAUCUAACAACUGAUCCUAUAACUGAUCCUACAACUACUGCCUUGUAGACAACAUUGACAAGCUAGGUAGACCACAAGCACCUGAACGCACACCGACCAUGACCACUAUUGCAUCUCGAACUGGAGCACUUGGCGGACACGAUUACUAAAUAUUUUAUCAUCUAUCAGUUUGGCAGAAAAGGCAUAAUAGUUUUAGCUACCGUUUAAGAGGCUGGUGUUCAGGGUCAGUCAUAAUGUACUGGUAUUUUCUAUGUAGUUAACAACUUUUACGGUUUAAAUAAACGCUACAUCGCAUUUUU